UUUGUUUUGUUUUUCCAAAUUAUUUUUCGAAUUUUUUGACGUAUAAAACUCAAAAUUUGAGUAAACUCAAUGUAAGUGUUUCGACCGAAAGUUUGUCUAAGGUGUAUUACUGCAGCCCCAUUCCAUUAAUUAUAAUUAAUUUGGUUAGUUGGUAACCAGCCUGUUUUUAUUAAAAUUUAUUUACAAAGAGCAGUUUCUGAACAAUGGGUGUGUUGUUUAGCAAAAAGAAGCCCUCAAGUAGGAUUACGCCCCACGAUAAGGCAGUCUUGCAAUUAAAACAACAAAGAGACAAACUUAAGCAGUACCAAAAACGCAUUGAAAAACAAAUGGAAAAUGAUAGGGAGUUAGCUAGAAAACUACUCAAUGCUGGCCACAAAGACCGAGCAUUACUGUUAUUAAAAAAGAAGCGCUACCAAGAAAAAUUACUAACCAAAGCCGAUGGUCAAUUAUCGACCUUGGAAACUCUCACACAAGACCUGGAGUUUGCUGAAGUAGAGCAAAAAGUCCUCGAGGGUCUUAAACAGGGCAACGAGGCCCUAAAGAAGAUAACCGACUCUAUGAACAUUGAGGAAAUUGAGAGGAUAUUGGACGAGACCAAAGAAGCCAAAGAGAAACAAGAUGAAAUAUCGAAUUUAUUGGGUGGAAGCCUCUCAGAGGAGGACUUGGAGUCUGUUGAGGAAGAGUAUGCGAAAAUACUUGAAGAGGAGAUGCCGGAAGUUCCCGUCGACGAAGUUAUCGGAGAUGGAUUGACUGAGGAGGAAGAAACUCCUGUUAAACCAGUUAAAGCCAAAAAGUCUCCUAAAAAGACUGAGGACCGAGUCGCUUUAGAAGCAUAAUUUUUUACUUAAAAUAUAAUUUAUUGACCUAACAAGAUGUUGUAAGAUAUUGUUCCUUUAAUGUAAAUAAAAUAUUUAUUUAAUAA